AUGGAGCCGCCGUCGCCAUCGAGUGAUCCUCCACCUGUCGUAGCGAGUAAUACCUCGCCACGUGUCUUCAACGUGAAUGUUGGCAUUCUGGGGCACAUCGACAGCGGCAAAACUAGCCUCGCCAGGGCGCUGAGCACGCUGCUGAGCACCGCCGCGUUGGACAAGCACCCGCAGAGCGCGGAGAGGGGGAUCACCCUCGACCUCGGGUUCUCCGCCUUCCAGGUGGACGUCCCUCCAUCCCUUGUUGGUCAGCUGCCAUUCGACAAGAUUCAAUUCACUCUCGUUGACUGCCCCGGCCACGCCUCCCUCAUCCGCACCAUCAUUGGAGGCGCACAGAUCAUUGAUAUGAUGCUGCUUGUGGUCGAUGCCACCAAGGGCAUUCAGACGCAGACUGCAGAGUGUUUGGUGGUCGGUGAGGUGUCUCCCACCAAGGAGAUGGUUGUCGUUCUCAACAAAACGGACCUGUUGCCUGCUGCCACGAAGCAAGCACAGAUCGAUAAGGUAAGGCCAUGGAUGGCUGAUGGGUAG